GGACGACCAAACUCCUCCUCUUUUCCAUCCCCCAAUUCCCCGUUUCUCCCAUCAUAAAAAAGGCAGAGCCCGCCAGGACCCGUCGUGUUAUUACUUAUUAGACGGAGGUAACGUAUGGUUUAUUAACCAGCCAGGCUCUGCCAGCUCUGCGUUGACGACGCGCCGACCGAACGACGACACCACCCUUCCAACGUGGCCAUACAACCAGACCGCCCAAAAUGUCGUCUGACGCCAAUCGCGAUGUGUCGCAAUACAAAUAUUCGGCCAUGUCUAACCUGGUUCUCCAGGCAGACCGUCGCUUUGUCACAAAACGAAGCGAUGAGGCCACAGGUGAUCCCGAGUCCCUCGCCGGCAGGCUGAGCAUUCGCGAUAUGGGCUCUCGCAUGGCACGAGAUGAGAUGCCCAAACAGAAGAAACAAGGCGCCAUGCCUAAUAUUCAAAGAGGAAGCUUGCAAGAAGGUCAGGAUGUCCUCCUGCGAGAGCAGCGAAAACGCAAUGGCGAGUCGCAGCUCCGCGGUACAGGUCUCCUUGGCGCCAACGAGCCGCUAAUCGAAGGUAUUACAUACCGACCUAGGACGCUGGCAACACGAGCAACAUUUGACUUGAUCUUGACUCUUGUCGCCAACAACUUGGGCGAUGUACCCCACGAGGUCGUGCGAAGUGCCGCUGAUGCAGUUCUCGAAUACCUCAAAGACGAUGACCUCAAGGACCUCGACAAGAAGAAGGAAAUUGAUGAUAUCCUCGGAUCAAGCAUGAACCCCAAAGAAUUUAACGAGCUUGUUAACUUGGGUAAAAAGAUUACAGAUUAUGACGCCCAGGACGACGAUGAAGAUACCAACAUGGACGACGCCAACGGCGACGCCACCAUCGAUGACCGUCAGGGUGUGGCAGUAGACUUCGAUGACGAGGAAGACGACGACGACAAACUCGUACACGAAGUCCGCGAUGUCUCUUCAGAUGAAGAUGAGGAUGCCGAAGAAGAUGACGAUGAGCAGGCUGCGAAGCCUGUCGACGAUGCGGACGAGGGUGAUGAGAUGGUCCUCGAUGGAGGAGUUGACACCGCCAAUCAAACUAGCAAGUCAAAAUCAGCCAUCCCGGCCCGCGAUAUUGACGCCUUUUGGCUUCAGAGAGAGAUUGGUCACUUUUACCCCGACGCACACGAACAGGCCGAUAAGACGAAAGACGCCCUGCGCUUCCUUUCUGCUGAAGCUGACGAAGAAGGUAGCGAAGAAAAGACUCUACGUGAGAUCGAAAACGACCUCAUGGAACUUUUUGAUUUCGAUCACCACGAGCUCGUACAGAAGCUUGUCGAAAACCGCGAAAGAGUCUAUUGGUUGACCAAGCUUGCGCGCACCGAGUCGGCAGAGGAUAAAGCGAACGUCGAGCGCGAAAUGGCAUCCGAAGGCUUACAACAUAUCCUUAAUGAACUUCACGGAAAGACCUCAACGGACGACCGCAAAGGUGCCAUUCGGAUGGACAUCGAUGUCCCAGCCCAUACAUCCGCAGCCAAUGGGGAAGCGAAAUCCGAGGCGCCAACAGGACUAGUUGGUGGUCUACAGCCCAGAAAACUCAUCAAUCUUGAUAACCUCGUGUUUGACCAAGGAAAUCAUCUUAUGACCAAUGCGGAAGCUAGACUGCCCGCAGGAACGACAAAACGUUCUUUCAAGGGCUACGAAGAAAUUCAUGUACCAGCGCCGAAGAAGCGAAACGAGCCCGACGAUGUUUCGGUGCCUAUUUCAGAAAUGCCCGAAUGGGCCCAGACUCCCUUUAGCACCACAAAGGCUUUGAACAAGAUUCAGUCAAAGUGUUAUCCUACUGCAUUCGGCGACGAUGGAAACAUCCUUAUUUGUGCCCCUACUGGCUCUGGUAAGACCAACGUUGCCAUGCUGACCAUUCUGCGUGAAAUUGGCAAGCACCGCAAUCCUACAACAGGUGAUAUCGAUCUCGACGCUUUCAAAAUCGUUUACAUCGCGCCGCUCAAAGCCCUAGUACAGGAGCAAGUGGGCAAUUAUGGCAAACGCUUGGAACCCUAUGGCAUUCGUGUUGCAGAACUCACAGGUGAUCGUCAAUUGACGAAGCAGCAAAUCGCCGAAACACAAAUUAUUGUCACAACCCCUGAGAAGUGGGAUGUCAUUACAAGAAAGGCUACCGACCUGUCGUACACCAACCUUGUUCGCCUGAUUAUUAUCGACGAGAUCCAUCUGCUUCAUGAUGACCGUGGUCCGGUUCUCGAGAGCAUUGUGAGCAGAACGAUUCGCAAAACUGAACAGACUGGCGAACCGGUUCGAUUGGUUGGCUUAUCUGCUACCUUGCCUAAUUAUAAAGACGUCGCCAGCUUCCUCCGUGCCGACGUUGACACUGGUCUCUUCCACUUUGAUGGCUCCUUUAGACCUUGCCCUCUGAGACAAGAAUUCAUCGGAGUCACGGAUAAAAAGCCUAUUAAGCAACUCAAGACAAUGAACGAUAUUACAUACAACAAGGUUAUGGAACAUGUUGGCGUCAACCGCAACCAGAUGCUUAUCUUUGUUCAUUCUCGAAAGGAAACUGCCAAAACUGCCAAAUACAUCCGUGACAAAGCCCUGGAAUUGGACUCAAUCAACCAAAUUCUUCGACACGACGCCGGCAGCCGCGAGGUUCUAGCUGAGGCUGCCAAUGAAGCUACCGAUAAAGACCUGAAGGAUAUUCUUCCCUAUGGAUUCGGUAUCCACCAUGCCGGUAUGAACCGUGUUGACAGAAGCGACGUGGAGGAUUUGUUCGCGCGUGGUGCUAUUCAAGUCCUGGUGUGUACCGCAACUCUGGCCUGGGGUGUCAACUUGCCUGCCCAUACUGUUAUUAUUAAGGGAACACAAGUUUACUCUCCCGAAAAGGGUAGCUGGGUAGAGUUGAGCCCUCAGGAUGUUUUGCAGAUGUUGGGUCGUGCUGGUCGACCACAGUUUGAUACCUACGGUGAAGGCAUUAUCAUUACAACACAGGCUGAGAUUCCAUACUACACCUCCCUUCUCAACCAACAACUGCCGAUUGAAAGUCAAUUUGUCAGCAAGUUGGUUGACAACCUCAACGCCGAAAUCGUUCUAGGCAAUAUCAGAACACGCGAUGAAGGUGUCGAGUGGCUUGGAUACACAUAUCUCUUUGUCCGAAUGCUUCGAUCCCCCGGCCUCUACCAGGUUGGAGCUGAAUAUGCGGAUGACACAGCGCUAGAGCAGAAGCGUGUUGAUUUGAUCCAUUCGGCGGCUACAGUGUUGAAGAAGACAAACCUCGUGAAAUAUGACGAGAAGACUGGAAAGCUACAAUCGACCGAGCUCGGUCGUAUUGCUUCGCAUUACUACAUCACUGCCAACUCCAUGGAGACAUAUAACAACCUGAUUCAACCUUCCAUCUCCACCAUUGAGCUCUUCCGAGUAUUUGCCCUCAGCGCUGAGUUCAAAUACAUUCCUGUUAGACAGGACGAGAAGUUGGAACUGGCUAAGUUGCUGUCGAGAGUUCCUAUUCCCAUCAAGGAAAGCAUCGAGGAACCUCACUGCAAGAUCAACGUUCUACUCCAAGCGUACAUUUCUCGACUGCGUUUGGAUGGUCUGGCUCUUAUGGCCGACAUGAUAUAUGUUACACAGAGUGCCGGUCGUAUUCUCCGCGCCAUCUUUGAAAUUGCUCUGAAGAGAGGCUGGUCUUCGGUUGCCAAGACUGCUCUAGACCUGUGCAAGAUGGCUGAGAAGCGCAUGUGGCCAACCAUGUCUCCGUUGCGACAGUUCCCGACCUGUCCUCGUGACAUUGUUCAGAAGGCUGAGAGAGUGGAUGUAGCAUGGGAUAACUACUUUGAUCUCGACCCCCCUCGCAUGGGAGAGUUGCUCGGCAUGCCACGUGCUGGGCGUACCGUAUGCGGCUUCGUAGCCAAGUUCCCUCGCGUUGAUGUUCAAGCACAGGUGCAGCCCAUGACAAGAUCUAUGCUAAAGGUUGAACUCGCAAUUACCCCCAAUUUUGAGUGGGAUGAUGCCUUACAUGGUACUUCGGAAAGCUUCUGGAUCAUUGUCGAAGAUUGCGACGGCGAAGACAUUCUUUUCCACGAUACCUUUAUCCUGCGAAAGGACUACGCCAUUUCUGAGGCUAACGAGCACAUUGUUGACUUUACUGUCCCUAUCACAGAUCCCAUGCCCCCCAACUACUUCAUCUCCGUCAUUUCUGAUCGCUGGAUGCACUCCGAGACCCGUGUUCCCGUGGCAUUCCAGAAACUGAUCCUCCCCGAGAAGUUCCCUCCCCACACUGAGCUUCUCGACUUGCAGCCUCUACCAGUAUCUGCCUUGAAGGUAGCCAGCUAUGUCAAGCUUUACCCUGACUGGGGCCAGUUCAACAAGAUUCAGACACAAACAUUUAACUCGCUUUACAAGACUGAGCAGAACGUUUUUGUUGGUGCCCCCACGGGAAGUGGCAAGACAGUUUGCGCCGAGUUUGCUCUCUUGCGCCAUUGGAUGGAUGGCGAAGCUGGCAGAGCCGUGUACAUUGCGCCAUUCCAAGAAUCAGUGGACGCUCGAUAUGAAGACUGGCAAAAGAGACUCAGUGGUCUUGCUGGCGGCAAAGACAUCGUGAAGCUGACUGGUGAAACUGCUACCGAUCUGAAGCUGCUCGAACAGGGUGAUCUGAUUCUGGCCACACCAACGCAGUGGGACGUACUUUCGAGACAGUGGAAGCGUCGUAAGAACGUCCAGACCGUGCAGCUCUUCAUUGCCGACGAUAUUCACUUGCUUGGUGGACAUAUGGGAUACGUCUAUGAGAUCAUUGUCUCUCGUAUGCACUACAUCCGCACACAAACAGAGCUGCCUCUGCGCAUCAUUGCCCUCAGUGUUUCUCUUGCUAAUGCUCGUGAUGUCGGAGAAUGGAUUGAUGCUAAGAAACACGACAUUUAUAACUUUAGCCCUCACGUCCGUCCUGUUCCGCUUGAGCUGCACAUUCAAUCAUUCACCAUCCCCCAUUUCCCGUCUCUCAUGCUCGCUAUGGCUAAGCCUACCUAUAGCGCCAUUACUCAGAUGUCGCCUGACAAGCCUGCGAUGGUGUUCGUGCCAAGUCGCAAACAAACCAGAAACACCGCAAGAGACUUGCUUGCAGCUUGUUUGAUUGACGAAGAUGAAGACCGAUUCCUCCAUGCUGAGGUUGAACAGAUGAGACCGCUUUUGGACCGUAUUCAUGAAGAGGCACUAACUGAGGCGCUCUCCCACGGUAUCGGCUACUACCACGAGGCGCUUAGCCAAAGCGAUAAGCGCAUUGUCAAGCAUCUCUACGACAAUGGUGCUAUUCAAGUACUCGUCGCGUCUCGUGACGUUUGCUGGGAGUUGACCAGCACGGCACAUCUCGUCGUUGUCAUGGGCACGCAGUUCUUUGACGGUCGCGAGCAUAGAUAUGUGGACUAUCCCCUGAGUGAAGUCUUGCAGAUGUUUGGCAAGGCGCUCCGACCCUCCAAGGAUGGUCGUGGUCGUGGUGUCCUGAUGGUGCCCCAGGUGAAGCGAGACUACUACAAGAAGUUCUUGAGUGAAGCUUUGCCUGUUGAGUCGCACUUGCACAACUUCCUUCAUGACGCCUUUGUUACCGAAAUCAGCACCAAGAUGAUCGAGUCUGGUGACGAUGCCAUCAACUGGACCACCUUUACGUACUUCUACCGCCGCCUCCUUGCUAACCCAAGUUAUUACAAUCUCACAAGCACGACACAUGAGGGUCUAAGCAACUACAUGUCCGAUCUUGUAGAGACUACGCUGAAGGAGCUUGACGAAUCCAAGAUUAUUGACUUCGAUGAGGAAGAUGGUUCUGUGUCCCCUCAGAACGCUGCCAUGAUUGGUGCCUACUACAACAUUUCAUACAUCACCAUGCAGACCUUCCUUCUGUCGCUCAGUGCUCGUACGAAGCUCAAGGGCAUCUUGGAAAUUGUCACCUCGGCUACCGAAUUCGAAUCUAUCCAAGUGCGAAGACACGAAGACGGGCUGUUGCGCCGUAUCUAUGAGCGUACACCAGUCAAAAUGUCGCAGCCUGUAUUCGAUUCACCUCAUUUCAAGGCAUUCGUUCUUUUGCAAGCUCAUUUCUCUCGCAUGCAACUCCCUAUCGAUUUGGUGAAAGAUCAAGAAAUCCUCCUCACUCGUGUUUUGAGCUUGCUGAGCGCCAUGGUCGACAUUUUGUCAUCUGAUGGCCACCUUACGGCGAUUAACGCGAUGGAAAUGUCGCAAAUGGUGGUUCAAGCCAUGUGGGAUAGAGACAGCCCUCUGAAACAGAUUCCCCACUUUGGUACCGACGUUGUCAAGGUCGCCAAUGACUUUGGCAUCAAGGACAUCUUUGAUUUCAUGGAGGCUAUGAAUCCUGAGGAGAACCCUGACUACAAGAACUUGAUCAAGGGCUUGAAGUUAUCGCAGAAGCAGCUUGCCGAAGCUGCAAACUUCACCAACGACAAAUAUCCCGAUCUUGAACUUGAGCAUGAAGUCAUGGACGAGGAUGAGAUUCGCGCUGGUGAACCGUCGUACCUUCAAAUCCAGAUUACACGUAAUCUGGAGGAGGAUGACGAACACGAUUCAACAGUCCACGCGCCAUUCUACCCCAACAAGAAGAUGGAGAACUGGUGGCUAGUUGUUGGAGACGACAAGACCCAGAACUUGCUCGCCAUUAAGAGAGUCACCAUUGGCCGUGAGCUCAAGGUCAAGCUCGAGUACACUGUACCUACAGCAGGUGAACAUAAACUGAAGUUGCUAUUGAUGAGCGAUAGCUACGUCGGUGUCGAUCAGGAGAGACAGUUUGUCGUCACUGUUGCCGAAGGCAUGGAGGUUGACUCUGAUGAAGAGGAGGAUGAGGAUGAGGAGUAAGAGAGGGUUUUGUUUUGAAGCUAUUAUCAUUUCUUCUUUAUUUCAACGAAAAAGUGUUGCGUUUUAUUUUAAUGUUAUAAAUGUAUCAGUACAAUUGAACAGAUAUCUUCCAUAUCACAGUCCCUGUGCAGUGUAUCACUUGAUACUCCACGUCGUCAUGUCUGGACAAGGAGACAACGAGUUGGGAUGCAGCCAAUGUUUUGGUACGAGUUUCCUUUCAUUACAAAAGUCCAAAGUAGCAAAUCCAUAAAAAGCC